AUGCUUGAGAAGUACCUGAGCACCAUUCUUGUGCCAUACUUCUCCCGGUACGCGGAAAACUUUGACGCAAAGCAGCUUCACGUGGACCUCUGGGCUGGCAGGGCGUCGCUGCACGACCUUAUCCUGAGACCAAGUCUUCUCGACGCACUGCUGCAGGGGGAUAACGGCAGUGAUGUCGCCACCGCUGCUACGGCCUCAUCGUCAGCUUCCUCCUCCCCCACUUCUCCCACGUCAACGACGGCGGCGGGUGGCCGCCUGCCACUGGCGCUUCAGCGGGGUGUGUGCAAGAAGGUGAACAUUGUGGUCCCCUUCACGCAGCUGCGCUCAAAGCCGGUGGUGGUGGAGGUGGACGAGCUGUUCAUUUGUGUCCGUGGAGACACGGGAAGCCGUGAUGCACUCCUGAGCAAGGUGGCCAAGCUGGACGCCCAGGCGGCCCACAAAGCACGCGAGCUGGAACAGUUUGAGGCAGAGCGCAGACGUCUACGGGAUGCAGCGGCGAGAGAAGGCGCCGCCGCCGCCGCGCCUUUUUCUGGCGGUGCAGGGAUUAUGGCUGGUAGUAGCAGUAACCACAUCACUGGGUUGGCUGCUGCAGACAGCGGGGACGGAGGUGGUGGGCAGUUGGCUUCUCUCGCCACGCCCACCGCGACGGAGGAGAAGGGCGGUUACUUCUCACGCCUCGGCGAACUUAUCCUCAACAACAUUGUCGUGAAGGUUCGGAGCGUGCACGUGCGCUACGAGGACGAGUCGACGCGGUCUGUCAUGGGCGUUGUCCUUGGUGGGGUGCAGCUGCUCACCGUCGACAGCACCACCGGGGAGGCGAAGUUUGUCGAUCCCUCGGGUCUCACACGCACGCAUAAGCGACUGGAGUUCACCGGGAUGCAGUUUUACUGCGACGACCCGCUUCGCUAUGACUUGGCGCCGCGGGACUACUUCAUCUCCAACAUGGCGGACCUGUCUGUGUGGCACACAGCGAUGCGAGGGCGGGUGGAGGCGGGAGACGUAGAGAUGUCUACCGUCGUCGGCCCUGUCGUGGGCCAGGUGGAUGUAGAUUUGGUCUUCAAGCAGUUCAUAAAACACCACCUACACGAUCCGUACGUGAUGGCGCGCCUUAAUUUCGAGUCUGUCACCGCGAAGUUUAACCGCGCGCAGUACGUGUCCCUUAUGCGCACUGUCUCGCUGCUGAGCAACUGGACAGGGGUGGUGGAGCUGUUUCCACGCCGGCCUUCCGUGCCCGUCUCACGCAACGCCGCCGUGUGGUGGCGCUACGCUAUUCGUGCGGUGCGGGCCAUUACGGGGGCACCGCGUCGGGAACGGUUGCUCCAGCGCAUCUCGGAGGUCUGCGUCGUCGACUACCACGUCCUCUACCGCGAUGUCGUGCGCAAGGCGGAGAUGUCGGCCGACAAGCAGCGGGCCUAUCGAUUCAUUACACGUUUUAUGACUGUCCCAGACAUGAUCGCGGGGCGCAAAUACGUCUACGCGCGGAUUGCCAACGCCAUUCAGAUGAAGCGGAAGGACCACGAGGCCAAAAAAUUAGAGGCACAGUCAAACUUUGCCAAGCAAAACACGGGGUGGUUUGCGUGGCUGCGCCGGGGGCCAAAGAAGCUGCAGGACAUAGAGGAGGAGGAGCUUGCCUUUGAGGAACUUGAGCGCUCCUACGGCAUUGGCUUGAAUGACACGGAGGAGGCAGAGGCCACUGCGGUGGAUGCGUCAGCGCUGCCCAAGUCGUACUGCUGGCUUGACGCCCAGUUUGAGCUUCCCAGGUUUGAUCUGCAGCUGGGCCUGGAGAAGGUGGGGAGUGUGACACUGGGACUGCGCUGUAUGAGGACGCAACUCAAGAAAUUCAACGCGGCCAAUUCCGUGCAGCUUCGCUUUAUCACAGAGAACUUGAGUCUGUCAAACCCGGCGCAGAAUACCGCCUUCCUGGCAAAGCUUCCAGCACUCGUGGAGGGUGUUCCUCUCUCGCCUAGUCCUGCAGCUCCGGGAGAGGAAGAGAAGGCGGAGGCUGAACCCGGGCUGCAGUCAUCACCGGCAACGUACUUGCUGAAACCGCAGGGGACUCCAUUGCUGGAGUGCAGCGUCGCAUUUAACCCUGUGGAUGCCCAACAGGAAGAGCCGCCGAAAGACACACAUGUGGACUUCGCGUUGGAUCUUCGUCUGCUGCCGCUGCGCAUUGUGGCGGACCCAUCGAUCAUUGACAACAUUACUCGCUUUUUUCAAUUUCCUCGGGGCCUGGAUCUUGCAGCCCUGCUCCAGAGCACCAAGUCCCUCGCCGCUACAGUGGGACAAACAGCCUCCUCCGAGCUGCGUGAUGCCAUGGCUCGCUCGAAGAGCUUCAGCAUUAGCGUGGACGCGGCGGCGCCGUACAUUAUUGUGCCAAAGACUCUACGAGGCUCCUUGGAGGAGCCGGCACUGGCGGUGUCACUGGGGCACGUCAAGUUUGAAUCCCAACCCUUCACCGAGGCGGAGAAGCAGCACCGCUUGUCGACCACAACACUUGACGACGCAAACGAGGAACUGAUGUACUACUCCAGUAGCGCCACCUUUUCAGACUUCUACGUGGAGCUUGCCCCGAUUGGGAGGACGUUGGAGUGGCCUGGAACAGGCUUCAUGCUUGUGCCAGAGGUCGCCUUCACUGCCAAUGUCCUGCAACUCAUUGACGACGCCACGGAGAGCCGGGAACGAUUUAUUGUGCGCAUGGAGGUGCCGGCACUCUGCAUGGCCUGCUCCGUUAGCCAGGCCCAAGUUUUGUUCAGCAUGGUGGAGAGUUGGAUGCUGUAUCCUCAAGCGGGUGAUGCGCCGUACUCAAAUGAGCAGCUUCCGCUUUUGCUGGAGACGACAUCGUCGGUAGGAGAUACGGCCUCGCAGUUCACGCUCGGUGGGAUGGACGCGCCGUACUUCCUCUCCCACGCCUCCAACACGCUGCUGCGCCCCCGCAUGGGUGGAGAACCGGAGACCGACGACACCUCGCUUCCUUUGUUGCCGUUGAAAAAAUCAACGGAUGACCUCCCCUACGUGCGCCUGCACUUGUGGAUCAAGGAACUCGGGAUUCUUAUCUACGAAGACGAUGCAGCGACGCAGCGGCCAAUGACGACACCCCGUUUCACAAUGGCCUUCAGUACGGCCAAGGUGACGCUGCACAUGCGUACGGUGCAGAAGCGCGUCAACAUGCUUCUUGAGCACCCGUAUUGCCGGGAUGCAAAGAACCCAGAUCAACUUAUUAUUAGCGGCACCAUGAUCCGCUGCGACCUGGAGACGGCACCCGAUGCCCCUGUACGUGUCAAUGUGGAGCUGGAGCCUUCACUUCGAUUUUGCUUUGGCACCCCCUGCAUUCAACUUCUUGAGACGCUGAUGGACAUCGUCAAUCUCGUCGCCACGGCCCCAAGUGUUCUACCGGCGGAGGAGAACACCACCUCCUCCACCCACGCACUGCGAGACAUCGGGGGUACCAGACUGCCGCUGACGACGACCGCCACCCGCUGCGCGGGCGAGCAGGGUCAGAAGAAUAACUUCUUGGAGGAGCUGCACGGCACGCGGGACGCGCAGGUGGCACACAUCUCCCUGCACAUUGUCGGAGAAGCAGUGGUGGAGCUUAUGGACCGGCGCAGAAGGGGGGUGGAACAGAGGCGUGGUGUGUGUGAAGAGGCCGGCAAGGCUGAGAGGGUGGCCAGAGAAGGCGACGAGGAGGAGGAGGAGGAUUACGUUUUCGCUCAUGCCUGCUUCACGGAGGUGACGCUUUCCCUUAAAAAGAACUCUGUGACGAUGGAGGUGAGUGGCGGGAUUAAGAAGGUUUCCUUUGCCCUCUCGGAGGCACACCGCGUUGCCGCGGCGAAUCGCACCAUCGUGCAGUACAAACCCCCGCAGGUGCGUACCACAGUCCCGUCCGUGCUGCAGCAGGAGGGCGCCGCCGCUGGCACGCACCUUGCUCGCCAGGAAUCGCACGAGCACAUCAACUUUGCCUAUCGCACCAGCAUCCCGGUGAUGCCCAUCUUUCAGGCGGACAGCAAGGGCAAGCGACGCCUUGUCAAUGCGGCGGAGCUGCGCUUUUCUAGCUUUGUAGAGAUUGAGGUCAGCUCCAGUACGGUGCUUCUCGACGCCUGCAGCCUCAUGACCGUGAUGCGGUACUUCAGCUCCGGUCUUUUCGCCAGAGUGACCCAGCUGGGAAGUCGGCCGCGGUACGACGGCCGCGUCACCGUGGCAUCCCCGGUUAUGCAGCCACCACUGCUGCUGACAAGCGUGCGGGUGUUCACGCGGGAUCUGGACUUUAUUCUUCCCAUCGACGCCUACGCGACGAGUGAUGAGCACUUUCAUGUCAGUGUCGACCACGUCGUCGUGCAGAGCAGCCUGCUGUCAGCGGAGAGCAAACAGUCAAUGGACAUUUCGCUGCGUGCGAUUCGGCUACUGCAUGCGGCCGCGCGCGAGGCGGCAACCGCGGUAGGGUCGAACGGCGGAGGAGAGCAUGUGGAGCCACACAUUCUGAUGCCAACUACCACGCUUGACAUGUCCGUCAAGGCUCCGCUUGACCCACUCUCUGGCGAGCCAGUUUAUGUGGACUUGCGCGGCGAGGAUGUCACGCUGCAGAUAGCGGGGACGGACAUUGUCGAGCUUUGCCGCCUCGCAAGCGGCAACCUGGCACGCUUGUCACCACCAUCGUCGACGGUGGCCUUCUCUUCUUCUCCCGUGCCGCCAUCGCAUCUGACCAAGCGGCCCACGGAUACUUUUAUUGCCGCGACAGCAGCAGUUCCAACGCUGCCUCCACCGUUGCCUGUUGCCCCCACUCAUGUCACCAGGGAGGACACGGGUCGCGAGGUGCACGUUGUCUGGCGAGCGAGUAAAGUGUGCGUUAAUCUGCUUGAUAGGCCAAGCAACCAGGUGCGGUUCCGUCUAGAGGGGAACACGUUUGUGUUUUGCCUGUUUGCCCCCGGAAAUGAUGUGACACUGCGGUGGAAAAGUCUGGAGCUGCACGACAUCUUUGAGGAGACCCACCGUGCCCCGAUGCUGCUCUGCGGGGAAAGCCACAUUGAGCUGCGCAACAUUUUGACCUCCCGCAACAUCCUGCAGAAAAACUUUGGCAUGCGCAGUAGCGUGAUACUGAACGCGGAGCGGUCCACGUGGGAGAUGCUGAGCAGCGAGGUGUCAGGCACCGAGGACCCCAUAAAGUUGCUUGAGGUUCCAACUUUGGUGGUCGACUUCACACUGAAGCGCUUCGCCGUGUCGGACCAGUGGCUCGCGGUCUAUGACUUUGUCUGCAAUGAGGCUGUCAUGAACGCGCUGCAGCCCGUAACGAUGCGAGAAACGUGGGAGGGAAAGGAAUUGUCUCCGGCAACCCCCCACUCCUCGCAGUUUGCAUUGCCACCGCCCAUUGUAAGUGAUGCCGCUGCAGCCAAUGCUGACGCUUUUGCCGGGACUCGCUUUCACUGCUUGGUAAAAACACGGUGUGUGAAUGUGCCGUUUUUGACGACUGCACGCGAAACGUUCAUUGAGGCGGAGAUCACCUCUUUAUUUGUCGACGUGCUGUCACUCGCCCAAACAACCAAGAUUGCGGUGCGGAUGCAGGACCUCGUGGUGAGUCACGCGGCCUCUGCGGAGCGAAUUCUCUACAGAAAGAACGACGCCGCCAACUUGGGCGCCCAGGAGGAAGAGUUCUUGCAGUCCACCACUGACAGCGUCCCACUCGCAUCCUAUGCUCUUCCCGGGCCCGCGGACGUUGAGGCGCCAGCCAGAGGGGAUGACAUCUUGUCUCUCUCCGGCACUUUUGACGCGGCAGCGGCGCGGCAGAAGGUCACCAUCGCACUUGGGCAGCUCACCGCGCUCUGCUCGAUGCCGCUUUUCGUGCCGCUGAUGGACUACUGCACCCGACCGGACCAGCCCAUUGCAAAGAUUUCAAACCUGGGCGUGAUGCGUGAGCGGCGCGAGUGGCUGGCGAAGACAGCGAAGCAAAUGGUUCAGAAUGGUACCUUCUCACUUCAUUUACUCUGGCAACAGCCCCGCAUUAUUCUUGCUGGGGACGCGCAAGAGCUUGCGAACAAGUCCCGCAGCAUCGAGGCCCAACUCGGGGUCAUGCGCUCGACAGUGCAUUUGGACAAACGCAACGGGAGUUGUAAAGCUGCGAUGAGGGUGACGGACAUUGCUAUUCCCGACAUGCUUGAGAAGUGCUCGCUGCAGCUGUCGUACGCGCUGAAGAACAAGCGGGAGGAGGUGAAUGUUGUCCUGGACAAAGCCAAAGUGCUGUUUCACCGCGAGGAGCUGGAGAAGCUGCUGUGGGUACUGCAACGCAACCUCAUGGCACCUACUCCCACCCUCAGUGACACGAUCACGCCUUCACUGGCGACGCCACGGGGCGAGCAGGUGGAACUCCCAGGGGGGGCCACGCAGGCGGAGGAAGCAAACUCGCGUACCAUUCAGUUCCAUGCAGAGGGCAUCGUUCUCGCGAUUCACGACGUCGUCGGCAUCAACGCACAGACCGCUACUCUCAGUGGGCUGGCCGUGGAGGUGGCCUCCACGGGUGAGGUGCAACUCACGCUGGACGCGUUCAGCAUGCUGGAGCACUUCACCAACCGCAAGCUGGUGGAGUCUCUCGGGGACAAGGCGAUCACGGCCCGCCUAUCAAGCACGGAGAACACCAUCCACGUCUCCCUAGUAGAUAUGAAAUUUACGCUCAUUCCAAAGGCCCUGGGAAACCUCCUUAAUGUCGUGCUUUCUGUGCAGUUUCCUCCACCGCUGCAGGACGUGGCCGUGACGGCAACCGCCACCACGGCGGUUCCGACGGAAGCCAAGACGGCAGGUGAGCUCCGCUUGCCCAGCGGCAACAGCGGCAGCAGCACGCCCAGCAAAGGUGCGGCGACGGCUGAGCAUUUUUCCACAGUCCUUCUUGCCCGCCGAGUUCUUGUUUCGCUGAACCACUGCUCUACGGCCGCUGUUCUUGGCAGCCGCGACGUCUGCAUCGUUGAGGUGAGGGACACCACCGUAGAUUGGCGGGCGUACGCUGAUGACUCCACUAGGCUUACGGCAUCCGUAGGGUGGAUCGUUGUCCGGGAUCUCUUAUCAGCGGAUACCCUUUACCCGGUGCUGCUCCGGCCCCUCCUUGCGGAGGAGGAAGAAGCGGGGGAGCCGUCGUCCUCUUCGUCCUCGUCCUCGGCGCGUGUUAUUGAGCUUGCAUUCACGUCAAUGCCGCACAAAGUCAGCACCAACAACAACGGCGGAAACAGCGGCAAGCGGAUGGUCACAGCGUGUGGGCACGGCGGCGAGGAAGAGGGCGGCAGGGAUGGGCCAUCGUACGCGCAGCAGAUGCAAUGCCAGGUCUCCUCCUUUGCGUUAGUUGUGGUGCCGGAGGUGGUCUCGGCGCUGCUGCAGCUGCUCUCAGACGUCAAGGAGCACAUCUCUGACGCCAACCGUGAGAAGGCGUACGACUACAUUGCCGACAAGACGGCGCAAAGGGUGCAGGAGCGGCAGGAACUGACGCAAGUGGAUCUGCAGCUCCAGCGGCCCUCGGUCACCUUGGUGGAUGCGGCCAGCUCCGCCAAGACGAUGGUGCUGUUUCCGGGUGAUUUUCGUAUCUGGAAUGAAAUUUGCCGCCUCCACUCGGACGACGACGCACCGCAGAGCAAUAGCUACGCCGAGAUAUUCCGCCUGAACAUUCACCGAGUGUCGUUUAACGUACUUGGGACGCCUGCUUUUACGCACACGAGUGCGUUUGAAGCGAGUGUCUCACGGGGCAUUAGAGCUGCGGCCCCUGCCACGCUAGACUCGGCGGCUCCUGCGCCGGAGACGACCAGCGUCGUAAUCACCUUCCCGACACUCUCUGCGCACGUGACGCGGGACCAGCUGGACCAUAUGAUGGACUUUAUGGCUGCCAUCAGGUACUCGAGCCUGUCCAGCGGCUCCCCUGUGGAGCGACUGUCUCACUCGCCCAACUUGGCGUUGCAGGCGGCAGGCGGCGUGUAUCUGGAGUGCGUGCCGAGCGCUCUCAGUGGGGCCACACCGGCGAUGCCGGGAAAAAAGAAGCAGAUACCUCCCCCAUUGUUCCCACAGCAGUUGAGCAGCGCUACGAAUGCGUCCCCCAUUUCGGCGGACACGCUGGCGUCCACAGUCACCGCCGUUGAAACUGGCGGAUCGAUCUCUUUCAAGGCAAAUAUGCAGCGCUUUGAGGCGGACAUUGACGGCGUCUUUCACCUCGGCAUGGAUGAUUUGGAGCUCGCGUAUGCCGCGAAUCCUGCGGGUAGCACCACCACCAGCGUUGCCCUGGGGAUGUUUGAGCUGUGGCACUGCGCCCACGGUGUCAGUGGCCUCCAUGCAAACCUUCAGUUGUUUCUGAUUCGAAAAGCCCAAACAACAUCCACAAUGAUUAUCAACACGACGGCCGGGAUGCGUCUGUCGGAGUCGAAUGCAGACGUCUCUCUGGACUGCAUGCGGGUGUCACUAGACCCGAUAACGCUGCGAGACACCCGGGAGAUGCUCUACGAGCCUUUCUGCACGAAGGUUCUACGAGCGCCACUUUCACCCAUCGUUGUUUGCAGGCUAAACACCGACGUGAAAAUUCUGGACGCGGACCUGAUACUUGACAGCCACCAUAUUCUUAGCACGGCAGACAAGACGCGGGGCUCCUACAAGCUUGACUUGAAUCAGCAUAGGUUGUACCUCUCCUCUCCUCCAAGCGCCCAAAUGGUCUUGGACGAUUACUGCCAGCUAACCAUCACGAACGGCUGCGUGGUUGUUCCCGGCAUGUAUAGCGUGGGUUCGUUUGUCAGUUUUGGCUUUAACGCGACGCUUUUUACGACGGACUCGUGUGUCGUGGAGAAACGCGCACACUGCGAGCGUCACCCUGCACAUGGGUUCAAGACAUGUAAACGCCGAAGCAAAGGAAUCAUUGAUCUUCACGCGGGGCCUGCGAGCAAAAGUUCCAUUGCUUCUCCACUAGCUCCCUCCAAGGUGUUGUCGCCAUCGAACGUGGUGCAUGCUGCACCCCCACCUAUUCCCCUGCAAGCUGUGCUGGGGGACGAUGCGCGUACGAUUGUGUCACUGCAGUGCAGGGAGCUUACAAUUCAACUGGUAUCUGAGGAAGUGGAGGAGCUAACGCUCACACUAAACAUGGCUGCCUCACUCAUGUACUCCCAGAAAACGGAGAAUGGCGUGCUAACACAGCGUUCAGGGAGCAUGCGCCUUAAGGAUGUCCGUACCUCAGCAGAGCAAGAGACCAUAUUGUUGCCAACAAACUUGCUUUUAAGUGUAGCAGGGACUGACACCAUCUGUGUUGCUGGAAGCCUAAGCGGAGUGGAGUUAUGUCUGCGCAUGGCGUUGCUGCGUUCAUUGCUGGAGUUUAGUAAUGAUGUUAUGACAGUUGCUAUUGUGGGGCCCACGGUGCAACGUCGCCCACCACACGUGGAGCUUGAGGAUGAGAAGCUACACCCCUUGGUGACCUUGCCAGCCGCUGGGGAGUGUUGUUACUGCGGCAACGCCUGCGCUUACUUGGGCGCCCCUACCGAUGCCAUCGGGGCAUACUGCUACCGCUGCUGCACCGGACGCUAUGCUUUACCCGCAACGGAGAUGAAUUUUGAGGUGCAGUUGGUGGACCUGUUGUUUCUGGGCAGCGAUGGGGGCAUGCUGCAGCUGCACGCGGCGAGCGGCCUUCGGGUGGUUGUGGCGUCCGAUCAGGAUUUCUAUCUGCAUGUGAAGCUGCAGAUGUUUAACCUAAAUCACCACGCGGCCGUCUGGGAGCCGCUGGUGGAGCGCCUCGAGGGGCAUCUGAGCGGGAAUCUGGCGUCGUCGACGUACAAGAUUAAGCUGGAUCAUGUUGAUUAUGUCUUCUCGCCCGGCAACAUGAAACUUCUUUUGCAGCUCGCGGCAGACUUUUCCCCCACAUCAGAGCUCCAGAAGCAGCUCCGCAAGAAGUUCCGACAGGCCGACGGUCAGGCGCCGACGGGGGAAAAGCUGCCGGAGACGCCGACAGGCAAGGCAUUGGCGUCCAUGCAGGAGGCACCCAACACCCCCUCUGCGGAGUCUUCCUUAGAGGCCGCAGACGACCACAUCUGCGCCUUCGUCGUGGUGGUAAACCACUUCAACGAGCCGCUGGAGAUUGGUGACAGAACCGUGGAGCCUCGUGGAGGACGACUGGAGUUUCCCUCCACCUCUAGGAAUGUGUUUGUGCGUCGCUGUGGCGCCGGGGUGGGUGAUGGGGUGACAGUCAACUGCACCAAGUCACCGCUGUGUGUGCGCGGCCAUGAGAUGCUGGUGGAGGUGCGGGUGAAGCUAUCCCGCGGCGAACGGCCCUUCCACCUGCACCGCGCGGUGCACCUUCACUGCUUCCCCGUGCACUCGAGCAACGUGAUCAUGUGCUUCGAGAACAAUAACAGCACCCACGUGGAGGUUAUUCGGGGCCUGCCGGCGGUGCGUCCGCAGGAGCGGAUGUACUUUCAACCCACCUUCUCACUGGAUGAGAAGCUGCACCUGCGCCCUGUGGGCACCUCGGACAGCGAGGAAUACACGGCUGCCGUGACGACACGGGAAAACAUGGUGCCCACCCUGCGUAUGCUGCUGAACGGCUCACGCAUCACACUCGUCUGUCACGGGAGCAAAAAAAACAAUAAGCACUUCCUCUUUCGGAUGCGGGAGGAACAGGAGGAGGCACACGCGGGGAUCCCAACCUUCAUCAUCUCUAUUGAACCCCACCUCCGCAUUUACAAUUACCUUCCCUAUGACGUGUUUCUCACCGUUAGCGGGACGGGAUCGAGGAAGAAGCAGGUGAUCUACUACGCUGUGGUGGGGUCGACGCAGAAGGCGGACGUCGUUCUUGGCGAGGUGGGCAUCGACGAGAUUGUGCUUAACCUCGAACUGCAGCAAUCGCAAGCCUCAGACCCCGGUGACACAGCCCUGACGUACAGGACACGACGCAGCGUAUCCUGUACACGUGGCUUGACGCCUGUAACGCUCACGACGGAGUCGAGGGAUGCAAAAGAGAUGCGUAUCACGGUGCAGUGCGUUGGCGCCACCAUUUUGCUGGGUACCCCGUACAGCAUUGUCAACUUCACUCCAUUGGAAUUACAGUUGGGGGAAUCCAACCGCUUGGGAGAGUUGGUGUCGAAGGUGGCAACUAACUAUGGGGUGCUGCCAAAGCUGAUGCAAAGUGCGUAUGCCGCCUCUCCGAGAGGAGGCGAUGCUAAAGAAUUUUUUGUGAAUGUGCGCACGGGUCACAUGCUGGCCUGUAGCGUGCCCCUGCACGUGCAAGGUCGCGGGUUGAUUACGCUGAUGGACAUGUCUGCCGCCGCGGGGCGCAGGGAAAGUUGUACCGUCUACCACCUUGUGUACCUGACGGAGGUGGAUAUGUAUGGCACGCACUUUGUGACAAUUGUGCCACGAUGGAUCCUCAUCAACCGCACCCCACAACCACUUUACAUUGCGCAGGCGCUGGAAAAGACCUCGUCAACGGCAGCAUUCUCAACUUCAACUACGCCCACUACUGCGGGUGCUGGUGGUAGCGGCAGUACGAGUGCUGCGGCGAGGGAAUCAGCGAUGCCUUCCUUGGCAGGCGCAGCCUCAGCCAGCGAGGGAUCCUUGUUUGUAUGCAACACAGACAUGAUGCAGCUGGCACCAGCGAAUGCCGCUACACCCUUUUUUUUCAACGCUUUACAUGACGCCAGAUGUGGGGUAUGA